AUGAAUGCACUUCAUGCAGCCAACGCACCAGAAUGGAAGAAUAAAAUCGGUGGCUUGGUCAAAGGCGCUGGUUUGGAUAAGAUAGCCCACGAUUUGGCAGAGCAAGGUAAACACGCACUCAGUGACAUCUACAAUGCUGUUGUGCCACCAAUUUCCGAUGCUGAAUUACUCGAAGUCUGGGUUUCUCAUGAUAUGGUCGGCUAUGAUGGAAUUACUGACGUAGUUUACUCUGGUUUAUCAAAGCACCUUGAUCUUAUACAAGGUGGCGAACUUAUCGUCAAUUCACAAAAGACCGACAAAGAAGAGAAGAAUCGUAAUCUAAACCUCCUCGAUAACAUAUCUGCAGCUCUGCAACUCACAGAGGAGCGUUUGAAUGCUCUCAUUGAAGCUGAAGAGGAAGUCUUCAAUGAGAAGAAGAAAGCCGAACAAGGAACUUCCUCAGAAAUAGCAGAUGAAAAGGACAAUGAAGAACAAAGUGUCAAACGCACACACAUCAAACUUCGUGUUCAACCAUACAUUGAGAGAAGCGCACGUCCACAAUUACAAAUCACAUCAGUCGAAGGCGGAGAAAAGGAAGACGUUCGUUUGAGAUUCCUCAUCACACUUGUUGACAAAGCCCAUGGACUGCAAUGCUCAUCUUACUCACAGUCACUCCCUCUCAGUUGGCUUGAGGAAGAAGAGAAGAGGGUUGAUGAGGACAAGAUGAACUACCUUAUGUGGAUAGAAAACACCCUUAUUGGUGUCCUUAAAGGUUCUAUUGAGAACAUCUCCAUCGAUUACCUCCGUAAACGUAAGAUUGACGUAACCAAAUUAUCGUCAAACAAUAUCGAUUGGACAGCCGCCCAAGCACAAAUACCAAUCUCAGACUAUUAA